GACUGGAGAGGCAUACGAAUGCUUUGUGACAGCGUCAAAGUCAAGGACCCAAUGAAAGUAGGACGGUUUGGCCUAGGUUUCAAGUCUGUUUUUCACCUGACAGAUUUACCGAGUAUUCUGAGCGGCACAAAAGUCGGUUUCAUCGAUCCCCACGAGGACCACUUCAAUAAAGGACGAAGAGAAAGGAGAACAGGAUACCGUUGGCACCUGCGCAAAGACCGUGAAAAUAUGAACAGAAUACCUGAUCAAUUUCUUCCCUACAAAGGAAUAUUUGAUUGCACCGAGGACGUCUUUCUUGAGGGACGUUACAGAGGAACGUUGUUCCGCUUUCCGUUGCGUACUGAACCAUCUGAGCUGUCCCAAACAUUGUACUCUGACGAAAAGGUGGAACAUCUGUUUGCGAGUUUUUGCGCCGAUGCACACUUUGUGCUCCUGUUUCUUCAGCAUUUAGAAUCUGUAGAGCUUUUCGUCCGAGAGAAGUCAGAAUCCGAGCCACGAAAAAUAUUCCAAGUUCAAAUCAGUCAUGAAAGUCUUGCAUUUGUUCGUGAGAAGAGACAAGAGUUUUACAACGCGAUCACACCAGGCAAGCGUAUGGCAGAACCUGUGACAGUGACGUAUCCAAUUACAAUGGUAGUCCAAUUUUCAAAUGAAAACGUGGAACGUCAUUCUUAUCUCGUGACAAGUUACUGCAGCGGAGGUGAGGUCUCGUCCACGUUUGAAAAGCUUCUGACAGACAAAGAGCUAAGUUAUCUACCUUCAGUUGGCGUUGCAAUGGCAAUUCCAUCAGAGUCCACUUCAGAAACGCCCAACAUUCGAGGUCACGUGUUUUGCGCCCUCCCUUUGCCUGUGCAGAAAAAGAGCUUAACUGGUCUUCCGGUGCAUGUGAAUGGCUUUUUCUCAUUAAGUCAGAACAGACGACACAUAAAGACACCGAAUGCAGAU